UAGACGGUUUGAUGAUCACUUGGCCCCUGAUCUGCCUCAUGGAGCAGCUCAACCUGCUCAAAUCGCAUCCCCGUCCCAGGCUCCACGUUCCCUGCUCACGUCAGAGACAGCCGCUCUCCUCACAUCACCUUCAGCACAGCCUUCCGGACUCUACUCGAUUCCUCACUAGAUUGCAACUGGAUUUGAACAAUGAGGAAUGUCUGUGCCCGACGAGACUCCGGCUCCCGCCAAGCCAGGAUCUUCACGCUCGCAUCAUUUACCCUACGGGCGUGCUCGAGCGGGGGGGGGGGCCGCGAUGGGACAUGGCAUGAACGCACUCGUCGCAGUGGGAUCAAAAGAUCGGCUGAAACUCCGGCAGCGUUCCAAUUACCUACUGACGGUCGUGGUCGGUGUGCAGUGCGGUGCAGGCUCGCAGGCAAGCCGACUGCGGGUUGCGAGUGCGAGUGGAUUAUUAUUGCAAAGAGAAAAUCAUAAUGUAACAAUGCUUGCUUGCGCAUCUAUCUCACUCGCGUUUCCCAAGUUCCUCCUCCUCCUCCUUGCUGCUGCCCUUCCCUCCCUUACCUUACCUUACCUUACUGACCUUCCCUUACUGACCUUCCCUUACUGACCUUCCCUUACCUAACUUAACCUCGCAAUAAGUACAGUACUGUAAGUAAGUACAGUAAGUAAGUAGUGGGCUGUGCAGCCAUCCCAGCUCUGACCGUGCAGCUGUGC